AUGGCAGAACUCACAGCGGAGAAUGGCAGCUGUAUGGACUGGCAAAAGCGAUGCCUUGCAUUGGAGUCCCAGCUCUUCAAAUUCCGCUUGCAGGCAAGCAAGAUUCGAGAGCUGUUAGCUGAGAAGAUGCAGGAAUUGGAACAGAGAGUGAUAGAAGCAGAGCAAAGAGCUGAGGAUGCAGAGAAACAGGUCAGAGUUAUGGAAGAGAAGAUAAAGCUAGCCAACAUGAAGACCAGUGAAUCAGACAGCACUCUGCACAGGAAAUACCAGGAGCUGAUGGGCACAGUGCAAGGAAAGGAAGAUCUGAUCAACAAAUUGGAGACACAGCUAGCAAAACAGAAACAGUUGAGGACUGAGGAAGCCAAAAUUGUUCAAGAGAAAGCUGCCAAGAUCAAAGAGUGGGUAACAUUUAAGCUCAGAGAGCUUGAGAUAGAAAAUUACCACCUGAAAAACUGUAAUCAGAGGCUGACGGAGCAAAUUGAAGCCCUUCAGGAUACAUUGCAAGAUAUGACCAGCAUUCAUCCCUUUGAAUCUCUUUGGAGCUGUAAUUCUCUGAAGCCCAGAGCAUCACAGGCCUCUCUUGCUGAGAAGAUAGACCAGAAAUCUGUGCUCCUUGCACCUGGUUUCAGACAGGUGUGUCAGACAGGACCUACCAAACCUAUCCUCUCUACAGCAAACAUAGUCCUUGCCAAUGACACCUUUACUGAGGAUGGAGAGGAUAAAUCUCUGCUUUCCCAGAGCACACUGAAGCUCUUGUCUGAUCCACCAAGCUGGAAUCUUUCCAGAGAGAAAGAUGUAUUCCCAGCUGUAAGUUCUGAACACAGCUUAGGGUGCUCUGAUCCCACAUCACUGGACCCUCCAGCUGAGGCCACAAGAAUCCUUGAGGCUUUGACUUUCCAGUCCUCUUUGGAAGGAAACAGUAGCGCUGUGAGCACCUUGCAACAAGGGGCUUUGGAUGGCACCCGCUUCUCUGAUGAUCCGAGUACCAGGUUUCACUCCUACCAGCUGGACUCCUCUUCUUCAGGAGAAAUAAUGAGUAUGCUUGAGGGCCAUCUCCAAACUGCUGAGCCACCCUUGGUUGUGUCAACAUCAGCUGUUACAGCACAUUCCUUCUGUCCAGGGAGGGGAUGCGGCCUUGGCAGUAGUAUGACCUUUCCAAAAAUACGGACUUCCAAUACACCAAGGGACAGUAUCCAACUAGCCAAGAGACAUUACAGCCAACCACAAUCAGGGGCUAACUCUUUCCAUCGUGUAAUGAGCUUAGAGGCUAGCACCUUCCAGCCCAUAACAGACUCUCCGGUCUGCCAUGGGCAAGUGAAGGAGACAGACAUUGAUGAUGAUGGGGUAUUGGAGAAGAUGGAGACAGAACGUGGGCCAGUGAGGGAAGAAACUGGAGCAUAUGAGGAAAUCAACCACUUGCCUGCAGGUCAAAGAGAAGCUGUGAGUUCCGAGGCUGGCAUACUUGACCCAGGAGGUAAACCUCCCACACCACCGCUGCACAGAUUUCCAUCAUGGGAGAGUCGAAUCUAUGCUGUGGCCAAGUCUGGCAUGAGGCUGUCUGAAGUGGCCACGGUGAAUGAUACUUCCAGCUGCUUUUCCAACUUCUCGUGUUCAACUUCUGGGCCAUUUACCUGUCUCAUCUACAGAAAUGUCACUGUGCCAGUCUACACUACGCUGAAGGGGAAAGCCACACAGAUCAGCAACGUGCCUUUCUUAGAUGAGUCUUCAGGCUCUGAUGAUGACUGUGGCUCCCAUGCCAGCUUCAGGACUUCUACUGCUGGAUCUGAGAACAGGAAAGCUAGUGUGCCAGGCAGCCCUCGUGCAGUGAAGAGAGGUGUAUCCAUGUCCUCACUGAGCUCAGAGAGUGACUAUGCCAUCCCUCCUGAUGCCUACUCCUUGGAUGGUGACUACUCAGAACCAGAACAUAAGCUACAGCGAACAUCUUCCUAUUCCACUGAUGGUGGAAUCUGCACUGAACCCAUGGAGAAAUCAGGUUACUUGCUGAAAAUGGGCAGCCAGGUGAAGAUGUGGAAGAGACGAUGGUUUGUUCUAAGAAACAGACAAAUCAUGUACUACAAGUCUCCGAGUGACGUUAUCCGCAAACCGCAAGGGCAGAUGGAGCUGAAUUCCUCCUGCCAAAUUGUCAGAGGUGAAGGGUCCCAAACAUUCCAGCUCAUGACAGAAAAGAGAACAUACUUCCUGACAGCAGACUCUCCUAACAUCCUGGAGGAAUGGAUUCAUGUCCUACAGAGCAUUCUGAAAGUGCAAGUGACCAGUCCGGUUGGUGUUCCGCAUAGUGAUGCUAAACCUACUGUGAAAGGUUGGCUCACCAAGGUCAAGCAUGGUCACUCUAAGCUGGUCUGGUGUGCACUGAUUGGAAAAACUUUCUACUACUAUCGAAAUCAUGAAGAUAAGUGUCCCCUAGGGCAUCUGCCUAUGCGUGAGUCCAAAGUGGAAGAAGUAGACCGUUCCUGUGACUCUGAUGAAGAUUAUGAAGCAACUGGUGGAGGACUUCUGUCAUCCCACUGUACAUUGGUGAUUCACCCACAGGACCAGAGUCCCACAUACUUACUCAUUCGCACUAAACAGGAGAAGAAUACGUGGCUGUACCAUCUGACCGUAGCAGCUGGUAGCAGUAAUGCCACAGUGGGCACAUCGUAUGAACAACUCAUUGGGAAACUAUUGGAUGCAGAGGGAGACCCUAAUUCUCCUCUGUGGAAACAUCCUAUGUUGUGCUACAGUAAAGAUGGGUUGCACACAUCCCUCACCACUCUGCCAUCUGAAGCUCUACAGACUGAAGCUCUGAAACUUUUUAAGUCCUGUCAGCUGUUCAUUAAUGUCCCUGUGGAGGCACCCUCUAUUGAUUACCAUGUGUCGCUUGCCCAGACAGCACUGCAGGUCUGCUUGACACAUACUGAGCUGCAGAAUGAAAUUUACUGUCAGCUUGUUAAACAGACCAGCUGCCGACAAACCCAGAACCACUCAGUCAUUCAGUGCUGGCAGCUCCUGGCUUUGUGUGCUCCUCUGUUCCUGCCUCAACAUCACUUCCUCUGGUAUAUCAAACAGCACUUGCAGCGACAUGCAGACCCCAGGAAUGAAAUAGGCAAGUAUGCCAUCUACUGCCAGAGAUCCGUAGACCGCACUGUGCAGACUGGCGAGCGGGAAGCCAAGCCCUCCCGGAUGGAGAUUGUGUCCAUCCUGCUGAGAAAUCCCUACCACCACUCACUCCCCUUCAGCAUCCCAGUGCACUUCAUGAAUGGAACCUACCAGGUUGUAGGUUUUGAUGGUUCUUCAACAGUUGAUGAAUUCAUCCAGCGACUGAACCAAGAGACAGGAAUGAGAAAGCCAUCCCACAUGGGAUUUUCUCUGUUCACAGAUGAUCCUUCUGGCAGGAAUUUGGAACACUGUCUGCAGGGCAACAUGAAG